CAAGCAUUCCUUGUUUUGCAAAGCCCACCGUCUAUCUUAGAAGAUUUGACUCCUGAGGUACCAAACCUUGGGCAGCCAACAAUCCCCCAGCACGCUGAACCAUGAGCGCCGCUAUGUCUAAAUUACCCCUAAUUGACUCGCCCGAAACUUGAUAUAAAAGCACAAUCUUUUGAAUGAAUGGCCAACAUCGGCCAGUUGGAUUCCGGUAACGCAGCGUCUCAGUCAGACAGCGAGAAAUAAAUAAUUAAAUAAAUUAGCUGGUUUUAUAAUUGAAGUCCUCUUUCGUUACUGGAGAAUUAGGGUUUCUCGUUCAACAAUGGCGAAGGGAAGGUACGGUCGUUUUCCGGUGAAGAAAUGGUCGACACUGACGCUUGUGUGGUCCAUACUUCUCAUGCUCUCAGUCGUUCUUUUAAUGCUAUUGGCUCUUGGGAUCGUCUCACUUCCGAUCAUCAACGACGAUUCUCCGCCACAAGACCUUAGUUCGUUUCGCCGCAUGAUCAUUGAAAGAGGUGAAGGGCUUGGGGACAGGGGGGAGCAGUGGACCGAAGUUCUCGCCUGGGAACCCAGGGCAUUCAUUUAUCACAAUUUUUUGUCCAGAGAAGAAUGUGAGUACUUGAUUAGUCUUGCCAAACCUCAUAUGAAAAAGUCAACUGUUGUUGAUAGCACAACCGGUAAGAGCAAAGAUAGCAGGGUUCGUACAAGUUCUGGAAUGUUUCUGAGGAGAGGGCGAGAUAAAAUCAUUAGGGAUAUAGAGAAAAGGAUUGCAGACUUCAGUUUUAUACCUGCAGAGCAUGGAGAGGGACUUCAAGUUUUGCACUAUGAAGUAGGGCAGAAAUACGAGCCUCACUUUGAUUACUUCCUCGAUGAGUUUAACACCAAGAAUGGGGGGCAGCGCAUUGCUACUGUUCUUAUGUAUCUGUCAGAUGUUGAAGAAGGAGGUGAAACUCUGUUUCCUGCAGCAACCAAGAAUUUUAGCUCUGUGCCAUGGUGGCAUGAGUUAUCCGAAUGUGCUAAAGAGGGUCUCUCAGUGAAACCAAAAAUGGGUGAUGCAUUGCUAUUUUGGAGCAUGAGGCCCGACGCCACACUAGAUCCUUCGAGUUUGCAUGGUAGUUGCCCUGUGAUUAGAGGGAACAAGUGGUCAGCUACAAAGUGGAUGCAUGUUGAGGAGUACGCGGUUUAAGCUAUUGGUUGUAAAGUGACCGAAAGAGUAUACUCCACUUACCUUAAUCGUGCCGAUUAAAUCUUUUGUGAAUAAGGAUGCUGCUUUUUAACAAUUAUAAGUUAUGGAUAAAGGGAAAUGCGGCAGAAAACACCACCCUUCAUAUGUCAGAAAGGCCCUGCGAGUUGUUGACUGAUUGAGAUUAAAAGAAGAAAACUUAGAUGUAGAUAACACAUGGUAUAUUGUUCCCUGUCAUACUCAUGGUAUUUAUUAUAAAGUGCCUGAAGGCUGGAGGCAUCUUGAGUUUCCUCUUCAUGCCUCUACUUUUUU